AAUUAUUGGUAUUUAGUUUAUUUCUCCAAAUGAAGGAAUGAUCAUCAGCGUAUAUCUAGAAAAAUAUAUUUCAAAUUUCAUCUGUCCUUGGUCAGAAAAUCAUAAAAAACUCAAAGAUGUAUGUUUAUCUAAGUUGUGGAAUGUAUCAGUUUAAAUUUUGUCCUCAUAAUCUAUCAGUUGCCUUGUCAAAUUUGGUUCACUUUUUAAAAUUUGAUUGGUUUGGUUUAGAUUCUGAGCUAUGUAAAUAUGAAAUAGGCCACAGGAAUGAUGAAAAGUAAUGAGCAUUCUCCACGUUUUCACAAAACCCUGAAAAGACAAGAGCAGUUCAAGAUCCAGAAAGAAGAAGAAAUGGAUAUAUCCAUUCCACAGAAGGUUUUGAAAUAUGAAGAGUUCAUCAAUGAUGUCCUUAAAGAGCAGUUAAAGAAAAUUGAAUUUGAUAUUGAUAUAACUUUGACUGAAAUAGCAGAGUUCAUACAACUAGGAAACAUCAUUCAAGCAUUGCUAGAUAACAAUCUUGUGCAAGAAGGUGUAAAGACUCAAGUAGAUUUAGGAUGUAACUUUUAUAUGCAAGCAUUUGUUAAGGAUCCAUCUAAAAUUUUAGUUGAUAUUGGCUUGGGUUACUAUGUUGAGUUUACUCUCAGUGAAGCUCUUAUAGUCAUAAAAAGACGCACAAUUGUUCUUAACAAAAAAGUGGAUAUUUUAAGGGAUCAAAGUGCUCAAACAAAAGCUCAUAUCAAAUUGGUAUUGCAUGGUAUUCAAGAAUUGCAAAAUUUAAAAUAAAAA